GGAGGGGAGGUCUCACCAAUCCCCUUCCAUCCCAGCCUCCGCGUGUGAGCACGGGUAAGAAAAUUACGCCAUCGGAAGAUAAUUAUGUAACUCUGCCUCCUAACAACCCACCACAAACUGCUCAGACGCGACAGACUUUGAUUGACAGCCUCUCUGCGAGCCUCUAUAUAAGGAGGAGGGAGGUGGGCGCCUCAGUCACUGUUGUUCCUCAGGUCCUCCAGACUGUGGAUGUAGCGAACCAAAGUGGACUUUUACGCAUUUUACGCACGGGCUUUAACGGGAGAUACCGUUUCUCAUUCAUCUAAACUUCGGCUGAAAUCAUCAAAUAAGUUCCUAAUUAGCGAUUUUGAACCGACUUUUUUAUUUUCUUGUCGCUGGAUAAAAAGAUAAAAGCUGAAAUCGUCAGGAGAUAUGAUACUCAGAAGAAGUCUCUUCUUGUUGCUAUUAUCACUUAGUUUCCUUCAAGCAUUACCUCAAGAUGGUGAGCAGGAGGACGAGACAUCAUUCGACUUGUUUGAAAUCAGCCAAAUCACGCGUAAAACUCUGGGGGCCAAACAGUUCCGGGGCCAAAACUCAGAUGCCCCUGCCUACCGCUUCAUCCGCUUUGACCACCUGCCCCCAGUGAACCCCGCCAUACUGAAACAAAUCCUGCGCCAGUUCCAAAACAACGAAGGCUUUGUGUUUGUAGCCAGCAUACGUCAGGACCGUGCCUCUCGGGGCACCCUGAUUGCUCUGGAGGGUCCCGAUGGCCAGCGGCAGUUUGAGAUUGUGUCCAACGGACGUGCCAACACUCUGGAUCUGGUAUACUGGGUGGACGGCUCGCAGAACGUGAUUUCAUUCGAGGAUGUGGACCUGUCUGACUCGCAGUGGAAGAAUAUCACACUUCAAAUUCAUGGGGAGAAUGCAAACCUGUUUGUGGGCUGCAGCCUGAUAGACAGCAUCAUCCUGGAUGAGCCGUUCUAUGAGCACCUGCAGGCUGAAGGAGGCCGCAUGUAUGUGGCAAAGGGAUCCAUCCGUGAGAACCACUUUAGGGGCCUUCUUCAGAAUGUGCGUUUCAUCUUUGACACCUCAGUGGAUGAUGUCCUCCUGAGCAGAGACUGUGAGGUCACUAAACAAGAUGAUGCCAAUAUUGUGAGCGAGAGCACAGAGAUUGUGGAUGUCAGUCCUUCCAUCACUACGAACAUUAUAGGUCAGAAGACAGAUGACUUGGGAGCAGAAAUGUGUGAACGUUCCUGCGAGGAACUUAGCACAAUGUUCCAGGAGCUCAAGGGCCUUCGCGUUGUCGUCAGCAACCUUAUUGAUGGCUUGCAAAAAGUGACAGAGGAGAACACGGUCAUGAAGGAGGCCCUUGGGAGGAUGAAGGACUCUAAAGAGAAAAACAUGUGCUGGCAGGAUGGCCGCCUGUUUGAUGAUAAGGAAGACUGGGUUGUAGACAGCUGCACUAAAUGUACCUGUCAGGAGUCCAAGAUUGUGUGUCACCAGAUUACAUGCCCCCCAGUGGCCUGUGCCAGCCCCUCGUUUCUCGACGGCGAGUGUUGCCCUGUGUGUCUGCCUAUAGCGGUUGAGGAUGGCUGGUCCCCUUGGUCAGAGUGGACGGAGUGCACAGUCACCUGUGGGAUAGGAACUCAACAGAGGGGUCGGUCAUGUGACGCAACCAGCAACCCCUGCACCGGAGCUUCAAUCCAGACUCGCAAGUGCAGCCUGGGCAAAUGUGACAGCCGGGUUCGCCAGGACGGAGGGUGGAGCUUGUGGUCGCCGUGGUCGUCGUGCUCGGUGACCUGCGGAGAAGGACAGAUCACCAGGAUACGCCACUGCAAUGCUCCCGUGCCACAGCUGGGGGGCAAAGACUGCGAGGGAAGCGGGCGAGAGACUCAGCGCUGCACUGCCCAGCCGUGUCCCAUCGAUGGGGGUUGGGGGCCGUGGUCUCCGUGGGCAACCUGCUCAGCAACAUGUCGAGGUGGAAGCAAAACUCGUACGCGUGAGUGCAACAGCCCUCAGCCUCAGCACGGCGGCAAGAAAUGCAUCGGGGAAGCCAUCGACAGAGACAGCUGCAACACAAUUGAGUGUCCCAUUGAUGGCUGUUUGUCCAACCCCUGCUUUGGGGGAGUGGAUUGCAGCAGUUCUCCAGAUGGAUCCUGGGAGUGUGGCCCAUGUCCUGCUGGUUUUCGUGGAAAUGGUACCCAUUGUGAAGACAUUAAUGAGUGUGACAUGGUGCCUGAUGUUUGCUACAAAGUGAGUGGAACUCAGCGCUGCAUCAACACCGAUCCAGGUUUCCACUGUCUGCCUUGUCCAAAGCGUUAUAAGGGCACCCACCCGUACGGUAUGGGGGUGGAGGAUGCCAAGAUGAAAAAACAAGUGUGCGAACCAGAGAACCCAUGCAAGGACAAGACCCACAACUGUCACAAAUAUGCCGAAUGCAUCUACAUCAGUCAUUUCAGUGACCCAAUGUACAAAUGUGAGUGCAGAACUGGUUAUGCUGGAGAUGGCUUCAUUUGUGGCGAAGACUCAGACUUGGAUGGCUGGCCCAAUCAGAACCUUGUGUGUGGUGCCAACGCCACUUAUCACUGCAAGAAGGAUAACUGCCCAAGCCUUCCCAACUCUGGACAAGAAGACUUUGACAAAGACGGUCAAGGAGAUGCUUGUGACAAGGAUGAUGAUAACGAUGGAAUUCUGGACGAAAGGGACAACUGUGCCCUCCUUUACAAUCCUCGUCAGUUUGACUUUGACAAAGAUGAAGUCGGCGACCGCUGUGACAACUGUCCUUAUGAACACAACCCUGCUCAGAUAGACACUGACCACAACGGAGAAGGGGAUGCCUGCGCAGUCGACAUCGAUGGAGAUGAAAUUUUGAAUGAAAAUGACAACUGCCCCUAUGUGUACAACACUGACCAGAAGGACACUGACAUGGAUGGAGUUGGAGACCAGUGUGAUAAUUGUCCAUUGCUGCACAACCCUGACCAGACGGACGUAGACAAUGACCUCGUUGGUGAUCAGUGUGACAAUAACCAGGACAUCGAUGAGGAUGGUCAUCAGAACAAUCUAGACAACUGUCCAUAUGUGGCCAAUGCCAACCAGGCUGACCAUGAUAAGGACGGCAAAGGAGACGCAUGUGACUACGAUGACGAUAAUGACGGCAUACCUGACGACAAGGACAACUGCAGACUAACACCCAAUGCAGACCAGCUAGACUCUGAUGGUGAUGGAAGAGGGGAUGCCUGCAAAGAUGACUUUGACAAUGACAACAUCCCAGAUAUUCUUGAUGUGUGUCCGGAGAAUAAUGCCAUCAGUGUGACAGACUUCAGGAAGUUUCAGAUGGUCCACUUGGAUCCUAAGGGAACCACUCAGAUUGAUCCCAACUGGGUGGUCAGACACCAGGGCAAAGAGCUGGUUCAGACAGCCAACUCUGACCCAGGCAUUGCAGUCGGUUUUGAUGAGUUCAAUUCUGUGGACUUCAGUGGAACGAUGUACGUGAACACAGACAGAGAUGACGACUAUGCAGGCUUUGUGUUCGGCUACCAGUCGAGUGGGCGCUUUUAUGUCGUGAUGUGGAAGCAGAUCACACAGACUUACUGGGAGGACAAGCCCUCCAAGGCCUUUGGCAUCUCUGGCGUUUCGCUCAAAGUCGUCAACUCAACCACUGGCACAGGAGAAAACCUCAGGAAUGCUUUGUGGCACACAGGCAACACCCCAGGACAGGUGCGUACUCUCUGGCACGACCCCAAAAACAUUGGAUGGAAGGAUUACACAGCUUACAGGUGGCAUCUCAUCCAUAGACCAAAGACUGGUUUUAUAAGGGUUGUGGUCUAUGAAGGUAAACAGAUCAUGGCUGACUCAGGACCAGUUUAUGACAAGACUUUUGCCGGGGGAAGGUUAGGCUUGUUUGUCUUCUCACAAGAGUUGGUGUUCUUCUCCGACCUCAAAUAUGAGUGCAGAGAUAAGCCGGAGUUUCCAAUAGUGUUCACAAGAUAACUGAAUCAAGUCGGGCAGAAAAACAUCAGAGGGCAAAAGACAAGAAUCUCUCCAAGUAAACAUCAUGUCAUCGCUGAAUCCAUUUCAAUGUAAAUGAGACUUUGCAUACUUCCAUGUUUUGCCUUAAUCCAUCCACUGGAGGAGAAACCGUGGCAGAUUUGAGUUUUCCUGAUGACUUUUCUACAUCUCCCAAACUGAGAAACAGAAACUGAGAGAGAGGAGACAUGUUUAAAAAGCCCAAGAAGCCUAAAAAGCCUAUCUAAUUAUAACUAGUGUACCUAUUUUACAUUGUCAGAUUUAUUGUACAACCACUUACACGCUGUAUGUGAUUUCCUACAGCGACUCGGUUGUUCUCUAUCUUUAACCUUUUGUUUUCUGAACAACUGAUCAUACAGUGUCUGACAAACAUAAACUGUAACCAAAGCAUAAUCAUCCAUUACUAUUUCUCCUCAUGUUUUUUUUUCUUUAUGGAGAACUUGAGUGAACAAUUGAAAUAAGCCAUUUUAGUAAGUGCCAAAGAUGUUUAUACUAAGUCUGUACUAUAAUUCCUUUUGUAAAUUAUUUAUGCUCUGCUUGUUUUCGUUUGUUUGCAUUUUUGCUAGUUUGUAAAUAAUUAUUUAUUUGUUUACACUGACAAAACGUAUAAUUGAAUAUCACAAACGUCGAGAUAACACAUCAUAGUAUCGCAAGGUUCGUCGUGUUGUUGUGCACUCAUUUACUUGUUCAUUUUUCCAGACCUUUCAGAUAAACUGAAGCAUAAAGAUGAACACCAGCUGCUUUUAAAUAAUUAUAUACAUGAACACGGCAGAUGUUCGCAGAUGUAUGUAGGUGUUAGUAGCUGCCAGAGAAAGUUAAUUCUGGAGGUUUAUUUACUUAGCUGUCCAGACACGGCCUCAUUGUCCUCGAAGUGAUGUAUCGCUUUGGUACUUAUUUUUUUUCUGUGUUCAUUGGAGCUUGUAAAUGGUCAAAUUGGAUGCAAAUUGAGCUCCAUUUUCUCCUUUCUUUUACUUGUAAUUCAUAAACAAACAAAAAAAGAAAGUAAAUCAAGGUAGUAACAUGAAUUUAAACGGUAUUAAAAUGAAUGGAAUUGCAGUUUACGUACUUGAUUCUCGGCAAACUGAAUGUUAUUGACCAAGCGCCGAGUGCUGCAACACCUGAGAGUCUGAGGUUCAACAGUCAGCCGCGAAAGCAUUUUUACUUUUUUUUUUCAUUCAUAUUUUAGUAUCACUUAUGGAUGUUGUGAAACUUUAUAGUGCUGGUUGAAAAGGAUCCAUAUGAAGGUGUCUAAAAACAAAGUGUGACUGUGUGACUGACAUCGUUGUCAUUCGUCUGUAUAGCAUUAGUGUUCUUCCAUGUUUGGUUUCCAUCUUGUUCAUUUUGUUGAGAGUUUGCAAUGCACAAAAUGUAAAUGUUUCUUUUGUAUACUUGUGUUGUUAGAUAUACAUUUUCUACAAGCAUUAGUGUAAAAUUGUUCUGUUUCAUAAAUAAAUCCCUUGUACACCA